GGUUUGAGGUGAGGCGCUUCUGCUGCUGCUGCUGCUGCUGGGAGACGGUCUAUUCCAUCGGGACGGGAAUUAUCACCUUUAUUUCUUCACAUUUUCCUCUUUUUCCAUUUACACCACCAAAGAUUUGAACAUUCCCGGCUGAAUUCUCGUUUUUCCUUGGCGACAAAAUGGGCUGCGCCGGAUUCACCUGCUCCAAACACUGCCUCUGCGCGCUCAACAUCCUCUACGUGCUGGUGAGCCUGCUGCUGGUUGGCAUCGCGGCCUGGGGGAAGUGGCUGGGUUUGGUGUCCAGUUUCCAGGUGGUGGGCGGGCUCAUCGGCGUCGGGGUCUUCCUCUUCUUUGUGGCUCUGGCCGGACUCAUCGGGGCCAUGAAACACCACCAGGUCCUGCUCUUCUUUUACAUGAUCGUUCUGUUUCUGGUGUUCGUGGUUCAAUUCUCCGUCUCCAGCGCCUGUUUGGCCAUCAACCGAGAUCAGCAGGAGCAUCUUUUGGAGGUGGGCUGGAACAACUCCCAGAGCACCCAGAGAGACGUGGAGAAGAGUCUGAACUGCUGCGGGUUCAGAGCUGUGGACUACAACUCCACCUGUACAGCUACUUGUUUCCCAAACCACUCGUGCCAGCCGUGUGCAGAUAAGAUCCAGGUGCACGCAGGAGACAUCCUCAGAACCGGAGGAAGCAUCGGGCUCUUCUUCAGCUUCACAGAGAUUCUGGGGGUGUGGCUGACGUACCGCUACAGGAACCAGAAGGACCCGCGAGCCAAUCCCAGCGCUUUCCUCUGAUCCCGCCCCCUCCUCCCACGACAAAAACCCUCCGUCCUCCUCCUCUUCCCUAACGCACUGUAAAUACUGACUGAUGAUCUGUGUAUGAAGGACUCUCCGUCUUUAACGUCACAUCUUACGCUUAAUAACUGUUGUAUUUGAGCUUUUAAGUUAUAAUGUUCCCACUUCAUGAACAUACCUCAUACCUGUUUUGUUUGUUUUUGUCGGUUUUGGAAUCUCUGAGAUGAGCGGAAGUAGAAGAGCACUGGAGCUAAAGGUUUAUACGUUUACACAGUCAUAUAAUUCAGCAAAGUUUACCCCAGAUUUUGUGGGAAUUUUUAAAUAUUAAUACCAACGUUGAUCACAAACGCAAGACGAAAACGGAAUGUCGUAUCAGCAAAAGUGCAUAAAGUUUCACCACAAAACAUCGACUACAUUUUACCAUUGAGUAAUUAUCUAUGCAUUUUUAUGAGGGCUACGCUGAGGUGGUGAGUUCACUAAACAUUUUCUCAAGUAACAAUAUGGUUCGAAAUAAUAUUAGUGCAAGUACAAAGCAGUGAGGCAAAAAUGUACUUGGGAAACUACUCGAGUAACAGGAAUUGUCUGAACAAAACAGAUAUAUUCAUGAUUACCCACUUCUUUGUUAUAAUGUGCUCUAUUCACGCUUACAAAGAUGUUUGCAAAGAUGCGAUUACAACUUCCGGCAGGCUCUAUUCUAGGAAAAAUGAAAAAUGUCCCAGUUUUCUUCAUCUGCUGUAUUUUUUGGGCUAUAAGUCGCUCCGGAGUAUAAGUCGCACCAGCCAAAAAAUGCCUAAUGAAGAAGAAAAAAGCAUAUAUAAGUUGCAAUUUUUCGGGGGAAAUUUGUAUUAUAAAAUGAGAGACCAGGAACAUGACAGUUCAUUUUGAAAGCCAAGUUCUAGUAAUAACAAUAGAACAGAGAACAACAGACUGUUAACGUCACAUAUGAACAGUUCUUCAGAUAAACUAUAACAUAAACAACAGAACAGAACAAGUUUAACAAACUCUCCAUCUCACUCCAAAUCACGAAAUCCAUUCAGUUCUUCAUCCUCGGUGUCACUUCUGAGCAACUCCUCGACCUCCGGAGGUAAACAGAGCGCCGCUUCCUCUUCUGCGUCGCUGUCGUCAGACUCAGCAUCAGUUCCAGUUAGAAUUAUUCGGGUCUUUCUGAAUCUCGACAGGAUGGUUUCGGUGUCACUGAAGUCCAGGCUUUGUCCAUCCAUCCAGUGACUUCAGGAAAGUUUCAUGGUGCAUCCUUCUGAUGUCACAAGUUUCUCUCUCACUCCAAACUUUCUUUCUGCUGCUCGAUUAGUGUUUUCAGCUGCAGAUUUCACGACUUGCAGCAGGACAGAGGCUCUUUCUGCAGGAGACAUGCGCAGUAGAGCCAAGUGACAGUGGUGCAGGAGGAACAGGAGCAGCAGAUACUGACUCACAAGACUAGAGUGUCUCACCGCUUCAAUGUGAAAAUUUGAAUAUAUAAGUCGCAUAGGAGUAUAAGUCACAGGAAACACCCAAACCAUGAAAAAAAGUGCGACUUAUAGGUACACGGUACAUGUCAUUGUAGAGUUAUGUUCGGCUAAUCAACAAUUACAACCACACCUCAGUUUUUAUCAUUUCCCCACUGGCACACGAACUCCGAGCGCACUGGGUAAGCCACAUUCCAGAUGAUUCCGAACAGCACAUACGUCUGCAGUCCUCAAUUUACCGCUGGUCACAUUUACUUCAGUCGGUUUGAUCAGAGUCGGUCGAUGAGCCCAGUGUCGGGAACUACACCGGAAGUUUUCAUCGCAUGUUUCAAAAAGUCUUCCUGGUUUGUGACGUAAGCGUGAAUGGAGCUUAUUUUGUGUUUUGGUUCAAGAUGUUUAUCCAAUCUGAAAGCAAAAUGAGCCUCACAUGAGUCUCUCAUUUGUGUUGCCAGUUCCAAAGCUGAAAUCGCAGUUGGUUUAAACUUAAAAUGACUGUCUCUGAUCUGAUUGGUCACUACUUAGACCCAGCACCUACACCAAUCCUGAAUCUAGUGCAGCCUCUGCAGCUCAGGGAGGGAAUUCUGGAGGUUCUGAGCUUUCACAUGAGGCUUGUUCAUAAACUGAGAAUGAGACAAACCUGGAUGUGUCUUUAAUUGCAGGUUAAGGCACCCAGUUUCAAUUGUGUAGUACAUUGUUUAAAACAGUAAGAGUGCAGGAUACAUACAGUUCCUUUAAGACAGGCCCUCAGACAAAUUUUUCUUGGCCCUCAGGCUUCCAGGUGAAUUGGCCCAAAUGACCUCAGAUGAAUUAAAAAUUAACUUUUUGAAAAUUUACCUUGAUAAAGCAAAUAUUUAAUAUUUAGUGUGGUUUAAAGGAUCUUAGCCUGAAUAAAGGACUGAUGACUCAUUCUAACAUGUUAAACAUGAACAUAUUUCAAUUAUUCACUGUAUUGAGCUCCAGUCUGUACGGCCCUCGAUCAGUCCUCUGCUCCGUCUCUGUUUAGAUAUGUGGCCCUUGAUGAAAAAAGUUUGGACACCCCUGCUUUAAACCUUUGUAACUUCUAGACUUUAGUGUUUUCGUGAUAAUAAAAUUUCUAAUUGAAUUCGAUACUAAGGAAUAGACUUGAUAAUCAAUACCAAUUCCAGUAACACAAUAAUAAUUAAAAACCCUCUUUCUUUAGACAAUAGGCGAGUUUCAGCUGACGUCAUUGUUAUUAAAAGCCCGCGUUGCAUGCUGGGAAAUAUUUUAGUCUGGAGGCAAGAAACAGGAUAGCGUCAAACACAGUGCGUAACCUCGUGUAUUUAUCCCCAAUAAUGGUAAAUUCCUGCUGCAUUAUCGGAUGCACAAAUAGAAGCACGGAAGAAGGAAAAUGUCUUUUUCGUAUUCUGAGUGAAAAGAACCGCUAACGGUGAAUUAAACGACUUUUCAAACAUUCGCAGAGCAAACGUAGAAGAUCCUAACAAACCGUGGACUCCAACAAGUUCAACAACACAUCGAGACUCUUGGAGGUUUUCAUCUUUUCUGCUGUGAAUGGCCCAGGAGUUUCCACCAAGUCAUUGUGGAUAUCACCAAAGUGAAUAUUUGUCCAGGUAGUUGGUGAUUCUGACCAGAAAUUUGGUUUGGUCCACCUUUUGUCAGGGUUGAAAAGGGUGAUUUGGCUCCAUCGAUGCUUAUGACCAAUUUCUGGUCAAAUGGUCUUGGGUCCUCUGCCGUUAGAGUGGAUAAAUAACCGGGAUCAAUACCCUUUACGUGCUUUCUCGCUCCGUCCGUCAUGUUGAAUUAGUGUUUCUUGCCACCGACCAAAAUAAUUCCCAGCAUGCAACGCGCGCUUUUGUCAACGAUGAAACUCGCCUAUAGAAUGCGAUUUUCUGAUACAGCUCGAGAUCAUUCUAAAGCUUCAGAAAAGGUUCAUUUCUGUCUUGUGAAUGGGACUUUUUAGUAUUGAUACCUGCUCUAAUAACUAGUUUCGAUA